AUGGGAACCCGAGUCAACGAGUCAAGCGAAGAGCCUCCCGCAGCUGACUAUGGCUCGAGCGGUAGCGAGUCGCCCUUCUCCCCGGCACAAGAUCCUGAGAAAGCGAUCGAGAAAGAGAGCGACGCGAUACAGAAUGGACAAGCUGCUCUCGAGCCUGGAAUCCAACGUACCCGCACGCGCACUAUGGGCAAAUUAAGAAUGAGAGGGACAGAAGAUGACCUUCCCACGGAUUGGUGGUUCGCGUCAACUGCAAUUCCUCUCGUCGCAGCAACCUUCGCUCCCAUGGCCAACCUCCUCUCGAUUGCCGCUCUCGUCGUGCCAUGGAGAAGCCACACCAUUACGAACGACCCUCUCACCCGACAGAGCACCUCGGUUGGAUACACUGACCCGCAUUGGUGCUAUGCCUUGAACAUUGCAAGCCUUGUGUGUGGCUUCCUCGGUAACAUAUUCCUCCUCUUCAACUUUACACGUCGUAUCCGGUAUAUCGUGGCUUUACCCGUUACUAUCUUCCUCUUCUAUGUCGCUUCCGGAAUCCUGAUUGCCAUUACGGCGUCGAUGAAUAUCUACGUCCCCCCGGAGAAGGGCGACAUAUAUUCCCAGGGCUUUUGGCAUGCCGUCAUAGCAGCCAGCCUUUACGUGUUCAACUCAAUGAUAUUGAUGGUCAACAUGGUGGGCUAUUUCCUGGGCCACUAUCCCCAGCACUUUACCUUGACCGACGAACAACGCAACCUAAUCCUGCAGACAAUGCUCUUCUUCUUCUGGCUUGGCGGCGGUGCCGGCGUUUUCGCAGCCGUCUGCGACUGGGACUAUCCGGAUGCACUAUAUUUCUGCAAUGUGACAAUUCUUACGAUCGGAUUCGGCGACUUUGUAGCUCCCAACGAUGCAGGAAGAGGUCUCGUGUUCCCAUAUUCAGUUGGUGGCAUCAUCAUUCUCGGUCUCAUGGUCAGCUCCAUCCACAAAUUUGCUGGCGAGCUCAGCAAGGACAACGUAGUGCGGAAGCAUGUCGAAAACCGUCGAGUCAACACGCUGAGCCGUGCCGUGACAGUAACCGAGAACGAAGGAGAUGGCAAUGUCGAGGCGCAACGAGAUCAUCUCGAGCACGAGAUCGAGCAGCUUCAUGGAGUCCCACCGAGCAUAUCGAGACCUUUCCAACCAGAACAGCAGCGACGAUCGCCACUGGACACAGAUACCAGGCAAGUGCAAUUCCACGCAGCAAUGCAGGAUGAAGCAACACAGACCGAGGAUGAGGAGCCACGGCCAAAUCAGUUCUUGAAGUCCACGUUUCGUGCUGUCAAGAGAAACACUUUCCAGCUCGCCGUGCAGGCCAUCAAGCCGAAGCAGAAGGCGCUGAUCAUGCGCGUGGAAAAGGAUCGCUUUGUCGCCAUGCGGAAGAUUCAGCACGAUGCCCGACAGUUCAAGAAGUGGUCAGCACUCACAGUCUCGGUCUUUGCUUUUGGUAUACUCUGGUGCAUAGGUGCGGUCGUUUUCUGGCAGGCCGAGCACGAGACCCAAAACCUGAGUUAUUUCCAGGCGCUUUACUUUUGCUACGUCUCGCUACUGACUAUCGGGUAUGGAGACUUCAGUCCUAGAAGCAACGCUGGAAAGCCGUUUUUCGUGGUCUGGUCCCUGAUUGCCAUUCCCACUAUGACGAUACUCGUCUCUGGCAUGGGCGAUACGGUAAUUGCAACCUUCAAGAGAGCCACGAUCAAGUUGGGCGAUUUUACUCUCCUGCCCAAAGCGGGAAUCUGGCAUAAUGUGGUGCAAUCCCAGCCGUGGCUGAGAAAUUGGGUACAGAAGGUGGCGCUUAAGAGGAGAGUUCAAAAAGGGAUGCCUGUGGGACCAGAUCCUGAUGCUGUCGAUGAUGUGCCAACGAUAGAGCAACUGGCGUCACAAGAGCUGGAUGAAGCGCAAAUGACGCGUCGAUUAACCUUUGCCAUACGUCGUACCGCCGACGAUCUGGUUCGGCAUCCUGGCAAGCGCUACAGCUACGAAGAAUGGGCCGACUUUACUCGACUGAUCCGCUUCACGAAGAUGAAUUCGGAAGAGCUAGAGCGAGAUGAAGAUCAAGAAGGCGUUGUAGAAUGGGACUGGCUGGAUGAGAAUAGCCCGAUGCUCAGUGAACAGAGCGAGGCAGAGUGGGUGCUGGACCGGCUAUGCGAAAGCCUUCUUCGCUGGCUCAAGAAGAAUUGUAUCGGCGGCGACAGUCUGUCUCCCACCGGUGGGUUCCACCUGUCGCAGGAGGAACGCAUCUAUGCCGGCCUGGGUCUGUCUCGUUCCGACACGAUCACUCCCCAGCAGCCGACCACCACUGGACGCUCCACUGGUGCUGCGAUGUUGGACUUCUUUACGGGAGAACGCAACGGCGAAAAUGCCUACGCAAAGCAGGAAACGAUAUGGAGUGACAAAGCGCGGCAUCGACGACAAAACGCACGACGCCGGUCCAGCGGCGGCGAGAGGAGAGGACCUUUCCAGAAGCUCCACCUCCACACUCGCGCCAGCCCCCAACCGCGGCUGGAAGGCAGUCGUGGAGGUGCCGGCGAUCCCACUCUGAAGGCCAGAGCCCCGGGGAUUGGACAGACAUAG